AUGAAUUCCACUAGUCGUAAGAGACGACCUGAUUCUUCCUCUCUCUCUAGAACCGAUUCUCUCUCCUCCGAAUCGUUGUCUCCGACUAAAUCUCCGGCGAUGACGAACGGAAUUCGCGUCAGGAACCUCUUCUUACUGCUCCUCUUCUCCUGCGUCGUUAUCUACACUCUCUUCUCCUUUAGCCCCAUCCGCCGCGCGCAGUUUCCUUCUCUCGUUCGCUCUCUAGGCUUAUCUUCAACUCGACGCCGUCACUUACUCUUCUCCAUAGCUUCCUCACACGACUCCUGGCUCCGCCGUAGCUCCUACGUUCGACUCUGGUACUCUCCCGAGUCUACUCGAGCUUUCGUGUUUCUCGAUCGCGGCGGAUUCGAGUCCGAUCCGAGUCUACCUCCUCUGAUCGUCUCCGAAGAUGUCUCUCGGUUUCCUUACAACUUCCCCGGCGGUCUCCGGUCGGCGAUUCGCGUGGCUCGCGUCGCUAAGGAAGCGGUGGAUCGGGAGGAUAAGGAUGUGCGGUGGUUCAUCUUCGGAGACGACGAUACUGUGUUCUUCGUGGAGAAUCUGGUGACGGUUCUCUCCAAGUACGAUCAUCGGAAAUGGUAUUACAUUGGAAGCAAUUCGGAGAGCUUUGAUCAGAACGUGAGGUAUUCGUUCGACAUGGCGUUUGGCGGCGGAGGAUUCGCCAUUAGCGCCUCGCUUGCUAGAGCUCUGAGUAAGGUCAUGGAUUCCUGCUUGAUGAGAUAUUCGCAUAUGUAUGGAGGUGAUUCCAGGAUCUUCUCUUGCUUAGCUGAGCUUGGUGUUUCAUUAACUCAUGAACCUGGAUUUCAUCAGAUUGAUGUACGAGGGAAUCUAUUUGGACUGCUAUGUGCACAUCCACUAUCUCCACUGUUGUCUCUGCAUCACUUGGACGCAGUUGAUCCGUUAUUUCCAAAGAAGAACAGAACGGAAGCCGUGGCUCAUCUUAUCCGCGCUACUAAUCUAGAUUCCGCAAGGAUUUUGCAGCAAAGCGUGUGCUACGAUUCGUCAAACUCAGUGACUGUUUCUGUUGUGUGGGGUUACGCGAUUCAAGUUUACGAAGGGAACAAGCUCCUCCCGGAUCUUCUCUCCCUCCAGAAAUCCUUUUCUACAUGGAGGAGAGGGUCAGGUGUUCAAAGCAACUACAUGUUCAGUACAAGAGAGUAUCCAAGGGAUCGUUGUGGUAGACCGAUGGUGUUUUUUCUGGAUAGUGUUGGAUCAGAUGGAAACAGAGGAACGUGGAGUAACUAUACGCGAUAUGGCGUUGAGAAUUGUCGCAGAGCUGAGGCUAUUAAGCGUCUAAGACAAAUCCGAGUACUGUCGCAUAAACUGGAGCACAAUGUUGAACAGAUGAAGGCUCCACGUCGGCAAUGCUGUGAUAUCUCUCCAUCAUAUGAGGAAUCAAUGGUCAUUAGCAUAAGGAAGUGUAUGGAAGAUGAGCUCAUUGCAAUGAAAGCUUGUUGUGGGGAUCGAGCACUUGAAGAAAUUAGCUGCUUUGGGAGAACCUUUGAUUUAAAGGCUUUGAUCAUAAGAUCUGACUUCUGGAGUUUUGGUUAUGUUGUUCUUCUUCAGCCCAAUCAAGCACCGUUCAGAAUCUUGUGUAUAUAUCCGGGUAUCUCUUGA